UGGAACCAGAACCAUGCGCACUGCCUUCCUCAGGUGGCUAAACUGUUCUGCUUGUUCAUCACAGUUGGUUUGUGCCCCUGAGCUUGGUUCAGUAACGUCUUCUUCUGAGCCCUCUGAGAUGUUCUCUUCCAAGUUCAGUAAGUAGAUGCUGAACCUUAGGAGGAGAGAGACAAAAUGUCUACUGGAGCAGGCAUCAAGACGAAAGUGGGAGACAGUUCCAAUGACAGCAGUUCAAGCAUGACCCAAGAACAAUCCUUCAAGAGAGGUUUUUGUUCACUGCGACAUGGCCUGGCCUUCAUCUUGCAGCUCUGUAAUUUUUCGAUUUAUACCCAACAAAUGAAUUUGAGCAUUGCCAUAACAGCCAUGGUGAACACCACAGCAGCAACCAGCCAGCCCAACGCUUCCACUGAAAGACCCCCUGGUGACUCCCAAGACUUCUGGAAUGAAACAGUACAGGAAUCUAAGGCCCCGGUGUAUGACUGGACGCCAGAGAUCCAGGGUAUCCUCCUCAGCUCCCUGAGCUACGGGUCAUUCUUAGCUCCGAUCCCCACUGGCUAUGUGGCUGGAGUAUUUGGAGCCAAGUAUGUGGUUGGAGCGGGUUUGUUAAUUUCUUCAGUGCUGACUCUCUUCAUUCCAUUGGCGGCUGAUACUGGAGUAGCCUUGCUCAUUGGCCUUCGGGUCAUCCAAGGCAUAGCUCAGGUUAUGGUAUUAACAGGUCAGUACUCAAUAUGGGUCAAAUGGGCUCCACCACUGGAAAGGAGUCAACUCACCACCAUUGCUGGAUCAGGGGCAAUGCUUGGGACCUUCCUCGUCCUCAUUGCUGGUGGUCUUCUUUGCCAGACCCUCGGAUGGCCUUAUAUCUUCUACAUCUUUGGUGGGAUUGGCUGUGCCUGUUGCCUGAUCUGGUUUCCUCUCGUAUAUGAUGACCCACAGAAUCACCCCUUUAUCAGCGCUGCUGAGAAGAGAUACAUUGGGUGUUCACUGGCUCACGAGGAUUGCUCACCAGGCUGGUCUCUUCCCAUUAAAGCCAUGGUCAAAUCUCUCCCACUUUGGGCUAUUGUAGUUUCUUACUUCUGUCAGUAUUGGCUGUUAUCCACGAUGAUGGCAUACACACCCACAUAUAUCGGCUCUGUACUUCAAGCAAACCUCAGAGACAGCGGAAUCUUGUCGGCCCUGCCAUUCGUGUUUGGCUGUGUCUGCAUUAUCCUGGGGGGACUACUGGCAGAUUUUCUCCUCUCCAGGAAAAUCCUCCGACUUGUGACUAUCAGGAAGCUCUUCACUGCAAUAGGGGUCCUUGUCUCAUCUGGGAUCCUCGUGCCCCUGCCUUGGGUCAGAUCUAGCCGCAGCACCACAAUGGCCUUCUUGGUUCUGUCGUCUGUCUUCUGCAGCCUCUGUGACUCAGGGGCCCUCAUAAACUUCUUAGAUAUUGCUCCAAGGUACGCUGGCUUUCUCAAAGGACUACUGCAAAUCUUUUCUUAUAUAGCGGGAGCCAUAGCUCCUACUGUUGCUGGAUUUUUUAUUGGUCAGAAUCCAGAGCUUGGCUGGAGAAAUGUCUUCUUGCUGGCAGCUGCUAUUGAUGUCAUAGGCCUGCUCUUCUACCUCGUCUUCGGCCAAGCAGAGGUACAGGACUGGGCUAAGGAACAGACCCAUCUCUGAGAAGAACAAGCAAUGUGUGAGAUCCUGACACUUCCCUUCAAAGAUCUGCUUUUGUGCCUGCUUGGCUGCUAAAGACAUCAAACCGAAAGGGGCUUUGUUCCAGGGUCAUCUCAGAGAUCCUGGCUAGAUGAUACCAAAGGUACUUCCCCCCACAAUUGGAGGUUUCACAGGGGAGGGAAAUAAUUGAUUAUCUAUAACUAUAUGCUCCUGGAAGCACAGUUGUGUCUGACUUUCUAUGAACCCUCUGUACUUUCGCCUGUUGCCAUGGUAAAAGCAUCAGGGGUUGGAAGACAAUUUGCACCAAAACUGAAAAGGAAGUCAGAAGUACAGGAGUGGUAAGUUGAACCCAUGGAAGAGUGGUACCAUGAAGUCUGUAAGCUGCCAGCAAUAGAGACCUGACAGCCCGGACAACAGAACAUCUACAGGUCGAAGUGCUGGGGUAGGAGGCCAGAGUGGACAGUUGCUCUCACAUUAAGUGAGAGGGUUAAAGAGCCAUUGUGGGUCUUGGUGUGUGCAGAGUGUCUAAGAAAAUCAGAAUAAAGAACAAGGAAGAGUGAAUCUAUCAUGUAAAAAUGAAUCAACUUUCUUCAACCAAUACCAGAGGAGCAGUAGAAUUCAACCAUUCUAGAAAGUUUCCUGUCUGUGGAUCUUGGCUUUGGAUCAAAACCACUUCUAGAACAUAAACACCACUCAGGCACUCUCUGGAGUCAACUCUUCCACAGAUACCUUCUUUUUGACCACUCUGACCUGGACCUUUCAUUGGGAUGUGGAUCUGUGCAAAUCUCUUACGUCUUAGUCUUAGGGAGUAGACACGGGCUUGUGUGACUGAUCCCCUCAUGUACUGCUUUGCAACAUCAGUCUCACAAUGACUGCUCCUUGCCUGCUUCUCUGACUCUUGUGGUUUCAGUCACUGUUCAACGGCUCUCAUUCAAUGUAAAAUGCCUUCCUAAAAUGUUGGUAGGACCCAUGCUUGCUCUA